UAUCGUAAAGGGUCUGGUAGACAACUUUGAAACAGCUUCAGAAAUCUGGCUCCAGAAGAAACAUCUAAUUAUUGGAGCGUAAAGAGACUUAAGUGGAAGCAGGAGGGGCUGUCUGUGCAGAGAGGACAUAUCAGAAGUCAUCCUUCCCGGGGGGGAGGGGGAUGCCUGUGGCCCCCACUUCAGGCCUAAGGGCCCAGAUUCCUUUUUAUUUAAAGAUUACAUUUUAAUUACAAUUGAAAUCUUUCCUCCACUUGCCACCGCGAUGGCAACUCCACCGUUCAGAACCCGGGGCUGUGACCCGUGCGCUGUUCCCACAGAGACGUCCGGCGCUCCGCAGCGAUGGAGGAGGAGACCGAGAAGCGUCGAAGGCCAAGGGCUUGGCGGAGUUACUUCGUGGGCGCUGCCUCCAGCAGCCUCUCCACCCUGGCCACCUUCCCUAUAUACAAGACCAUCUUCCGCCAGCAACUGCACGCCUUCUCCGUCCCCAAAGCGGUGCGCCAGCUGUACCACGAAGGCUUCCGCCGCAUCUACCGCGGCGUCUUCCCACCACUCAUGGUCAAGACCCUGCAAGGAACGUUGAUGUUUGGCACUUACAACAGCUGCUACGACUUCCUCUCGGCUCAGCCCUUGGGGUCCUGGUCCCGGAGAGCCGUAGCUGGGCUGUUUUCCGGUUUCUUGGAAGCCUUGGUCUUCUGUCCCUUCGAGAGGGUGCAGAACGUGCUCCAGGACGGGAGGAAGGUCCAGAGAUUCCCCACCACACGUCACAUCCUGUCCACCUUCCGUUCCUACCCUCUCGGGGAGAGCUUCAGCCUGGGCUUCUACCGAGGUCUCGGGCUUCUCCUGAUCCGUAACGGCCUGGGGACUUCCCUUUAUUUUGCCCUGGAAGAGCCCCUCCGUAGCAGCCUCUCCGCACAGAGCUUGCCUCUUGGGGUCCCAGCCUUUCUGUCGGGCAGCCUUAGUGGCACUCUGGUCUCCCUGCUGCUCUACCCUCUUGGCAUCCUCAUUGCCAACGUGCAGUCCCAAGUGGGGAGGCAGGAAAUCCUCGGCCUCUCGGCCACGGUGGCUGAGAUCUGGCAGAUCCGGGGAAGACAAGCCCGGCUGUUGUACAGGGGCGGGUCGCUCCUCAUUCUCCGGUCAAGCCUCACCUGGGGGCUCACAACAGCCAUCUACCAGUACUUGUCCAAGGUCACCAGCUAA